CUCUCCGUUCUCCUCUCGCUGCGACCCCUCGCCAGCGACGACACCGCGGCUAAAUUCUCCGCGCAUUAAUGUCAAUUUGAGGCCACCACUUAAAUAAUAGAAGUGAGGUCUUCAUUAUCUGCCCACAUGGUCCGAGAACAACAUAGUUUGCCGUUUUUACUGCUUUCGCUGGCUUUUCGGUGUCGACACUGGUGACGGUCCCGCAGAGCGUUCUCUGUUAGGAUUAACAGAAGUCUUGAACGACCGCACGUCUCACCGAGCUACUCUGCGCGGUGAAUAACGUAGAGAGAGACAGAGAUAGAGGGCGAAUUGAUUUCAAUUUCACUGUUGCUAUGCAUCAGAAGCCACAGAAAACGCUGCAUACUUUUUAGACUUGUCACGAAAUAUCUGUGUGUUUGAGGCAGCAAGUCAUUGAUUACCAUCCAUUCAGCAGUAUAUGUCAGUAUGGUCUUAAUGACAUUUUUAACUGUCUUGGCGUUGUGAUUUUUCGACACGGUCUGGAAGUGACAGUGGCCUAGUCGUCAUACACUGUGUUGCAAAUUACCUUUGUAAAUAUACUUCCCGUUGCUGAGCCUCUUAAACGGCAGGUGCGUGUUACCUGCACGUUUCAGUAGUUUCUGUUUUAUGGCUCAUAGGCAACUGACAGGGUAAUUUACACCCGAAGCCGUGUGAUACUUACGGCCCAUUGCUGCUGUCACACCGCAGAGUCCCGAGCUUGCCGACUGGUGCGCGUGCGCCUGCUCCUUCAGCAGCCGUUGUCAGUCGCCGCUACUUGCUGGCGGCUGGCGUUUGUUUGGAGAGUACGCCGGCUUUUCAGCGCACAGUGCCCAUAAGCGGCGUCAGGGAAACGAGCGAAGCCGACGACGCGCUCGCGUCAACAGCAGCGGGCGAUCAAAAGCGCUGGCGGUGCCGGCCGCCCUACACUGUCACAGCAAACAGUUGUGUUUCUCUCGGGCCUCCACUCCACCUCACCUCUUCUCCUGCUGGUUAACUCAUUUAUUGGUGCAUACGCCGACUACACUGGUCUUCCGUACACACUAUACAAAGUGCAAAGUAAAAUAAUGAAGUGCUUUUCUAAUCAGCUGCCACGUAAAUAGUAUAAGGACGUAUGUACGACUGUCAUUAGAUCUGAGUUGGAGUUUUUAUCACCGUGUAGUAAUUGAAUGCUCGAAAACAAGAAACACUGUGUGACGGACUUCGAAGCGAAUCAUUUGGACUUCAUCGCGACGGCGAAGAAGAAUUUUGCCAAAGAGAGAAGUUGUACAAUGGUGUUACGGUAGAUCGCUGUUAAAGAAAUACUGACAAUGUAGAAAAGUGGUGAAACUAAAAAACAGUUAUACAAUAAAUCUCAACUGUCCUGAAGACUAUGAAAAGGCACGAACGAAAGAUGACAAGAAUUUGAGGUUAAGAGGCCGCGGACUGAAGCGGACAGUGACACUCCAGAGCGGAGUAGGUCGCAGGAGGCGGGUGUGUCGAGUCCUGGCAGCGGACAAUCGGAGUCCUCGUGUGACACCACGGCCGCCGCCACAGGCGUGCCGGCGAGCGGCGGCUCUGGCUCGUCGGGUGCGCUGCAGGACGGCGGGGGUGGAGGAGGCGACGGGUCCGGGGGCGGCGCGUCGCCCGUGGGCGUCGGCGCCGGCGCGGGGGCGGCAGCAGCCGCCUUCUCCGCGGCCGCGUGGGCGGCCAUGCCGGACUCGUCCAGCGUUGUCAAAAGUGAAGGUCGCAGCCCGGGUCUGACUGAAACUUCAUCACUGGGUCAAGAUAGUCUAUAUUCUGACUCACUAACUGCCGCGUACAACACUUCGGAUUCACAACAUGCCUAUGCUUCACCAACUCAGCAGUACUACACAAGUAUGCAGCAAGCAUAUGGCAGCCAACCAUCAGCAGCCUAUAUGCAGAGUUCCAGUUUCUAUAACACUUCAGCUUACAACAUGCUGCAGCAGGGUUAUGUGACUACAGGAAAUUCUCGAAACCUGACUGGUGGCAAAGUUAGCUCUGGUCCCUCGUCAUCAGGCUCGCCCAGCUACCUGAGCGCGUACACUUCUGCCAGCAGUGCAGCAGCAAGUUCCUUUGGUGCUGCUGUGAAUUCUGCAGCAGCUGCUAGCUCGCACCACACUGGCCAGACAGCUGUUGGUAGUGGCAGCACUGCCAGCAGCUCGGCUGCUGCCUAUGCAGCCUACAACACUUCUGGUUACAGCUGCUCAGCAGGAGCUACAUCUGCUGCAGGAUUCUCGACGUCAGCACAGGCUUUCAGCACCACUCAACAAAGUCUUGAUUACAGCACUUAUGGCAACUCGUAUGCAAGCCAUCAAACUGUACAGUAUCCUACUAGCUACUUUUCACCAAAUUACUCACCUUACAUGUCAAGCUCAAGUUCAGCAAGCAGUGCUGGGAGCAUGGGGACUUCCACUUACCAGCUCGCCACACCUACUUUAACAGAGAGUCCUGGCAGUUUCCAUCUGUCAGAAAAUGGGCCAGCAUCACCCCUCAAAACAGAUUCAAAUGGUUCUCGGAGAAACAGGGAAGGAAAUGGAGGAGAAGGUUCCUCUAGGUCUAGUAGAGGUCGAGGGAGAAGACAAAAUAACCCUUCCCCCAGCAACCCAGAGAGCAGCUUAGAGAGAGUAUUCAUCUGGGAUCUUGAUGAAACCAUAAUUAUUUUCCACUCUCUUCUCACUGGCACUUAUGCCUCCCGUUAUGGCAAGGAUGCUCAGACAGUUGCACAGCUUGGAUUCAGAAUGGAGGAACUGGUUUUCAAUCUUGCAGACACACAUUUUUUCUUCAAUGAUGUGGAGGAUUGUGAUCAGGUGCACAUAGAUGAUGUCUCUUCAGAUGAUAAUGGGCAGGAUCUUAGCACUUACAACUUUGGAACUGAUGGUUUCCAUGCAGCAGCCAGCAACGGCAAUCUGUGCUUAGCUACAGGUGUUCGAGGGGGUGUUGACUGGAUGCGUAAGCUAGCAUUCCGUUAUCGAAAGAUUAAAGAUAUGUACAACAAUUAUCGCAAUAGUGUUGGAGGUCUUCUCGGGCCAGCAAAGCGUGAACAAUGGUUGCAACUUAGAGCAGAAAUUGAAACCAUAACAGACAACUGGUUAACAUUAGCCAACAAAUGUCUGACAUUAAUUAAUUCACGACCCAACUGCGUGAAUGUGUUGGUGACGACAACGCAGCUCGUGCCAGCACUGGCAAAAGUACUACUGUUCGGCCUGGGUGGAAUUUUUCCUAUUGAGAACAUUUAUUCAGCUACUAAAAUAGGCAAAGAGAGCUGCUUUGAACGCAUAGUCUCCCGAUAUGGCAGAAAAUGUACAUAUGUUGUAGUUGGUGACGGGACAGAUGAGGAAGCUGCAGCAAAACAGUUGAACUUCCCAUUCUGGCGCAUCACGAGUCACAGUGACACAGCAGCACUGUACAAUGCUUUGGACAUGGGCUUCUUAUGAUGUGUGUCAGUGUUAAUAUUGAUACAUUUCUGUGAUUGAACUUAUUACAGCCAUUAAAGGCUAGUAACUAUGGAACUUGAAUUUUAAAACAAACAUUGAAACUGUAUAUGAAUUUGUUUAAAUUGUUUUUUAUUUAAAAUUUAUGAGCUUAAUGAUACAGUCUCAUAAUUAUGCAUAAAUAGUAAAAAGAUGCCGCAAUAGUCACGAUUAUUACUUUUGUAUAAAAUAGUUUUUUUAUUAUUAAUAACAAAGUAAUGUUAUUGUAAAGAUUGUAUUGAUAAUUAAGUUGUACUGUGCAAAUAAUUUUCAGAGAAAAUUGAAUAUAUUGAAAUGUGACCUAUAUAUGAAGACAAAUUAUGUACAUACAUUAGUGUACGGGGCGCGGUAUGCUAGAACUUAAAACAUAUAUUGAGUUCUUCCUUUUUUUGGUGUAAUUUUCCUGACCAUAGAUCUCAAAGAGCAAAACUUGUAAAUUAAAUUAUAAACUUGGUGUACUGGU